AUGAUUCAUGGUGGAUAUGGUGGUGGUUUUGCCUUUAAUUACUAUUAUAGUCAACGUGUUUUUGGAGCAGGUACCGGAGGGGGUCAAACCGCUGUCAAAUUUAUAGAAAAUGAUCUAUGGCAUCGCGUGAUUGUGAGCGGCGGUGGAGGAGGGUCUGAUAAUGUGCAGGCAGCUGAUCACUUCAUGAUAACUGAUGAUGGGGCUGCUGGUUCUGGUGGAGGAUUAAUUGCCCAAGGUUUUUGGAUUAAUGGAAAUUAUUCCUCGGAUUAUUUAGCUAAUUCAACAUCGGGAUUCACUUUCGGAUCAGGUGAAUCGGCCCAGGAAGAAAAAUCUCAAAAUAAAAAUGGUGUUCAAACAAGUGAAGGUGGAGCAGAUCGAUCAGGUGCAGGAAGUGGGUGGUUUGGUGGUUUUGCAAGUCAUCAUGAUAAUGGAGGUUCGGGAGGAGGAAGUUCGUGGGUUUUGUCAGAAGAUGCAGAUAUCCCAGAUGGAAAUAUUGCAGCGAAAGGACCUUUCUUCAACAUAACAGAUGAACGUCCAUACUUCUUCAGAAAAACGGAUGGAUAUCUUUUCUAUGACAUUGUUAACAUCCCAGGUGUUUGGGAAGGCAACGGUAAACUUGUCAUUACUAUAUUAGACAAACUAUCUCUUCCUUCUUGUUUCUCUGUUUGUUAUCUUCAUUUCUCAUAUCAUCUUUUAUUUGCUCUUUUCACUAAUUCUCCAAUAAAAUAA